UCGACGGUGAGCGGUGCAUUCCUCUAUUGUCCUCAUAUAUCGACCAUAAACUAAAUUCAGUAAUUUCAUCUGGCUUUACAUGCUGAUAACUUCAAUACAUUUUUGUUGAUUUUCAUAUAGAUAGAUCAAAACCUUACGCGUUGCUGCUGAGAUGUUUGGGUUUUUGUUCUUCGUGCUGAUGGCGCACACUGCUUAUGGAGACGUGAGCUAUUCUUUCCCGGAGGAGAUGAAACGCGGAUCUGUGAUUGGAAAUAUAGCAAAGGAUCUCGGGCUAGAUGUAAAGAGUCUGUCAAGUCGUGAUGCCCGAAUUGAUAAUGAAGGUAACAGAAAACGGUACUGUGACAUUAAUACGAAUACCGGAGAACUGAUUGUAGCGGAGAGAAUCGACAGAGAGGGAAUUUGUGGGAAGAAAGCUUCAUGUGUUAUGAAACAGGAGCUAGUGCUGGAAAAUCCGUUGGAGCUACAUAGAUUUAUUCUUAAUAUUCAGGACAUCAAUGAUAAUUUACCACAGUUCAAACUAAAUAUAAUCAAAUUCGAAAUAAGUGAAUCAGCAGACAAAGGAUCCCGCUAUUUAUUAGAUGAGGCCCACGACGCGGAUAUUGGUAUGAAUUCAGUGCAGUCAUAUACAUUAGAAAACAACGAACAUUUUCUUCUUAGUGUUCUUACAGGGGUAAAUGGAGUAAAAUAUGGAGAGCUUGUUAUUAAUAAGGAGUUGGAUCGUGAGAAGCAAAAUGAAGUAACAUUAAUUCUCACUGCGGUAGACGGCGGGACUCCACCGAGAUCAGAUACUGUAGUGGUGACAGUGAGCGCUACUGAUGCUGACGAGGGACAAAAUGGAGAAGUGACUUAUGAGUUUAGUCAUUUAUCAGAAAGUCUUUUGGAAAUAUUUGAUCUCGAUGCAGUGUCUGGUGAACUUAAACUAACAGGUAUCAUAGAUUAUGAGGAGGAGAGUACAAUUGAACUGCCGAUUCAGGCUAAAGAUAGUCAAGGUCUAGCAGGUCGAUGCGCUGUGUUAAUAGAUGUAAUUGAUGUCAAUGAUAACACCCCUACCAUAAUGACUAAAUCUGUUAAAAUCUCCAUUCCUGAGAAUGCGUUACCCGGUACAGAGGUUGGCAUCAUUAAUGUGCAGGACAGAGACUCUGAGAAUAACGGACAGGUGCGCUGCUCCAUUCAGCUAAACGUCCCAUUUAAACUCGUACCUUCAAUCAAAAAUUACUAUUCUCUGGUGACCACAGGUGAAUUAGACCGCGAGCUGCUCUCUGAUUAUAAUAUUACAAUUACUGCUACUGAUGAGGGCUCUCCGCCUUUAUCUUCCACUAAGAAUAUUCACCUGACUGUAGCUGACGUGAAUGAUAAUCCACCUGUAUUUCAGGAGCAGAGUUACAGAGCUCAUGUGCAAGAAAAUAACAAACCGGGCUCCUCUAUUUGUUCAGUAUCAGCUACAGACCCGGACUGGAGACAGAAUGGGACUGUAGUUUAUUCUCUGUUGUCCUCUGAUCUCAAUGGCGCACCGGUGUCCUCCUUUCUAUCCAUUAACGGAGACACCGGGGUCAUUCGUGCCGUGAGGUCGUUUGAUUACGAACAGCUGAAAAGUUUAACUGCUGACCUGACUCUGAAAAAGACUCAGUCCUCUGUGGAUGAUCUUGAAAGACUUGAUGCGGAAAUGAGCGAUUCCUUUCAGGUAGUGUUGCUGCCGGCUGUUGUUUCGCUGUAA